UCCCACCGAGCCGAGCGGGCCGAGACGGAGCGGGGCCGAGCCGAGAGCGGCUGAGGUGAGCGGGGCCGAGUCGAGCGCGGCCAUGCUGGGCAUGAUCAAGAACUCCUUGCUGAGCACGGUAGAGACAUGGCCCUACCGGCUGCUGAGCAAAGGGGAAAAGGAGCAGCUCAGCUACGAGGAGAGGGUGUGCGAGGGCGGGCGGUUUGCGGCCGUGGAGGUGGCAGGGAAGCCGUUCGACGAAGCCUCGAAGGAAGGGGUGCUCAAGAUCCUCAAGUAUGUCGGAGGAACCAACGAAAAGGGGAUUGGCAUGGGCAUGACUGCUCCUGUCUCCAUCACUGCUUUUCCUGCUGAAGACGGCUCCUUACAGCAGAAAGUGAAGGUCUCUCUGCGGAUUCCAAGCCAGUUUCAAGCCAACCCGCCUCAUCCCAGUGAUGAAAGCAUCAAGAUUGAAGAGAGACAGGACAUGACCAUUUAUUCCAUGCAGUUUGGUGGCUAUGCCAAAGAGAUGGAUUAUGUGAACUAUGCUGCCAAGCUGAAGUCUGCUCUGGGGAGUGAAGUUGCAUACCGCAAGGAUUUCUAUUUCUGCAAUGGUUAUGACCCCCCUAUGAAGCCUUAUGGGCGACGCAAUGAGGUCUGGUUUGUGAAAGAAUGAGCAUCUGGCUCCCUGUGGUGCUGGCUUGCACUGAUAGCCUCCCCACACUAUGUUCCUUUCCUCUUCAAAAUAAAUUGAUAAUUUGGCAGAAACAGAAAACCUAUCGUUCCCUUCCCCCGUACCUAUGCCUUGGUCUUUUAUGGACCAAACAGUUUAGAACACUGCAGACCUCCCCUGACGGUCCUGCUCCUUUGUUCUGGACCAGGUCCUUGGGUACACAGGCUCUUGUGAUCUCUCCGCGGCUCGGUUUGCUUUUAUCUACCUUGUGCUCCCAGAGCUCUAUGCUGAGACAGCCAAAAGUACUUAAUUAUCAAGACUGGUGCCUGACAGGAGUCACGUCCAAGUGCUGGCUAUUAGCCUCACCUGAGGCAGGCAGGGAAACAUGAUGAAAGUGCAUACGGGGACUUUUUUAUGUUCUUGAGCUUGCUGCAGCUGUAAAACGCUGCUUUUAUCUGUGCCGUUUCAAAAGCAGUCUAAAGGGACAUGGGCCUUGCUCACAACACAGUGCAGUGAAAAUAAGCAUCCUUUUCAUUUACUCAUAGUGUGCAGGAGAGCAAUACUUCUGUUGUCUGACUAAGAAGUGUCAUUUAGAGGAAGAUCCAGGUUUCUGUUUGCAGCUAUCCUUCUGUUUGAGUUGAGACAUUUUGGAGUGUGUCAUGUCCUGAUCUCAUCUAGCAGCCAGACAAUGUGAUUCAGAGAUCCCAAGAUCAUUUCCUCACCGUCCUGUCACUUGUGUGUAACGUUUCUUUAAAACUAGCCUACGUAAGGGCCAAAGCUGCACUGUUGUGGUAGCCUAAUUGAAUUAGAAAAAUACAGGCUGUGAAAAAAGCAGGUACCUAUUGCUUGUGCUCUGAGGGCGCGUCUGAGGAAUGGUGAGCAUCUAGUGGAACUCCUGUGGGUUCAGGUCUUUAAAAAGAACUCUCUUCUUAAAUGGUGUUAGUUUCUGAAGGGCUACUCAGAGCAACUGUUGUCUUUAAAGGAGGAGGAAAACCUGGCUGUUCUUGAAAACAGGGAUUUGCAUCAAAUAAUGAGUAGCCUUCAGAAACCUCAAAGGUGGGUCUUGUUUUAGGAAGACCGGCAAUGUUUAACCGUUGGGCAUCAAAUGAGCAUUUUAGCUGUUGGCUCUGCCAGGGAGGCAGCAGGAUGCUUGGAGUAGGAACAUGGUCACACACCAAGCUGCUGUGGGUGCCUGUGUAAUUGGUUAUCUCUGCUAAAAGAGGAGAGCUCUUCUGAUGCUUAAGUGCCCCAAAGUUCAGGUGCUUUCCAAAAGCUGGUUUACCCCUGGAGCUGAAAGAGAGGUUUGUCAAUGGCAUCCCAUGUUCUGGCCGGUUCAGCUGUUUGACAUGUGCCUUCUUUCUGAGAACAGAUCUCAGCAGUAAAAGGAGAAAACCUGAGGUUCUGAUGUGCUUUCUUUUUCUGUCCUGUGGAGCUGUAUGAGAGCUUUUGCUGUGGACCUCACAGGAGAGUUUGUCACCUGUGUGCAAGAGCAGCUAGUCAGGAUGGGUAAAAAGAGCAGAUAGCUAAUUUUCAAAAAAACAAGGGAAAAGCUGUUGGCUGCAGUUAGUGAUUACGGUGCAGGUGAGGAGGAAUCAAAAAGGAAAUCAAGGUAGACAAAGAGUUAGGCUUUUGAAGGAGUUUUUGAAGGAGCAAAAGCCCUUCUAAAGCUGUUCCUGAAUCCGAAGGGUCCUGUUCAUGUCCCAGAUUAUUUUUACCUGUGUGGGUGAGGAAUGGAGGGGCACAAAGCUAGCUGUUUUAUGCAUUCCCAGGUUCAUUUUGGAAUUUGUAUGUAGACUGUGGAUACAGUCCUCUCUGGCUACUGGUGGUGAGUGUCCUGCAACGAUCAAAAUCCUGAAAUUCUUCAAAAUUUCUCUUGUGAUAUCUCAGAUGUUAAGAAGACCAAUAAUAAACCUGGUAUGAACAGAGCUGCAGAUCUCAGCAACAUGGUCGGGGUUUUUUUCAUAACAUGCAUAAUUCUGAACAGAGAGCAAGAGCUUCUGACCCAACAGUGAGAGAAAUUUUGUCUGUAGGCUCUGCCAGUGUGGCCCUGCUGCUAGCCUUUUGCAUGCAGUAGACAGGUUACAGUUUCACGAACAGUGUUAACUGGUAUCAAAAGCUUAUGCAAACCAAAUUGCCUUUUCUGCACAUGCAAAGAUGCCUGUGUUCUGUCUGCAUUUUCCAGGGGUUUUAAAUAAAUAAAAAAAUAAUCCUGUGAUUUGCAA